UCAACAUGUUCUGUGUUUAGGGAAAUGUAUUUGCGCUUCCGAAAAUCAACGGAUCUGAGUCCAUUUCACAUUUAACUAAUGAGGUCGAUUGACAAAACUCUUACAGCCCGAAUGGUUUGCUGAAUGAAUGAACCAGGGAGGCUGUUAUUUUCUAUUAAAUCUGUCCACGGUUUUUAUUUUUGCACUUACCUCACAGUAAAGCAGUCAGCAGACAUGUGGGAAUGGCAGAUGCUGAGUUUCAUAGGCAUAUUCUGCCUAGGGCUUUUUAUCGUAGCAAUAUGUUAUAUUUUGUACUCUGGACUAACCACAGUAAUCCAUAUCAAGACUGGUUUACCCCCCAUCAGGGGCAUCUCUAUAGGCUAUAAAUAUAAAGUUGGACAUUAUAAAGACUGUGGAUCACUGUUCAAAGAGAGCUGCAGCAUUGCACCAAAACUGACAUCCAUUGGAAUCUUCUAUGAUGAUCCAAAGAAGGUUCCGGGACACAAGUGUCGCUAUGCAGUUGGCAGUAUUUUGAGUGAAGGAGACGAGGAACCCAAUGAGGAACAGCAGCAACUAUAUGAGAAGCACGGCUUCCGGGUGUACUCAUUCCCAGAGGUCACACACGUUGUCACAGCCUCUUUCCCUCACCGAACCCCCCUCUCUAUUUUCCUGGGAGUGCAAAAGGUCUAUCCACAACUCAACAGCUACAUCAAGGAGAGAAAGUUGUGUGCACAUCCAUUUCUGGAGAUCUUCCGAGAGGGAAUGAUCCACUACAUGGCUCCUCUGGCCAGACAGGGUGAUUUUUAUGUUCCUGAGGUCAGAGAGGCCCAGAGGUGGUUAAAGGAGUCUGAAGAGGAUGGGAGGACAGAUAUCACAGGUGCUGACUCUCACAGCGAGCGCAGUUCAGUGAGCCACCUGCCUCCCUCGGAAAGCCGAGACACCUCACCUGCCCCGUCCACCACACGGUCGCAUUCGCAUGGAGACAUAAACUGGGAGUGUGAUCGGGAUUUUGACCAUGUGGAGACGAGCGACACUUCCAGCGUCUCCUCCUUUGAGGAGCUGGAUCUCAACUCAGACAAGAUGGACAGGUGUGGCCGCACCCCUCCACCCCUGAUGGGAAGUAACAAAAACAACCUGCAGGGCCAAGAAAUUAUGGUCGAGGAAGAGUGAGAGUGAAAAAUGCGAGGAAACCAAAAUGGUUUUGGUUAAUUGUAAGUGUUUUGCAUUUAUAUGGGGGAAAAGCCCAUAUAAAUGGCUGUUUCUUUUGAGAAAAAAAAAACAAAAACAUGUUUUGUGAGGAUUGUUGUCUGCCCUGCAGAAGUAAGAACAGCUUAAACCAAGUCAAGCUUGUUUAGCUUGUCUGUUUUAAAGGAGUUUGGGCACUUCUCAGUUGGCCAGGCUGGUAAAAAUGCUUGUGCACCAGUUAUGACCAACUAGACCUGCUUAAGCCAGCUAAGAACAGCAAACCACCUUAGGUUGGUUUUAGCUGGGGGGUUUUUCCUGCAGGAUAUCCUGAAGGGAAUCUAUAAAUUGUGGCUGUAAAAAUGUAAAAAAAAAAAAAAAAAAAGAGCCAGGUUACCUGAAUUUCUUGAAAACAUUGGUAUCAUUUUGUUUAGGGUUUUCUCAUUAGUAUUUCCUCAGUAAAUCUGAUGUUUGUUUUUCGAACCCAUUGUACAUUCCUAAUGACUGAAGUUAAAACUGACAUUCUGUUCUAAUUUAAUGUGUUAGUCGUUCUUCACGUAAAAGUGUGUAAUGUUGUACUUUCAAUUAUUUGAGUAUGAUUUGUUAUUUUCUUUCCAUAUACUAUGCAGUCUUAAUCCUUCUGUAAUUACUCAUUUGCACCCACAGAAACUCCUGAAACUGAAGACUUGUGUGACUUGAAUAUUCUUUCAUCAAAGCCAUAUGUUCUUAGACAAACCAAAUCUUUAUUUGCACCAGAAACUGACAGAUAAUAUUGCCUCGGCAGCAGAUUUGCAAAACUUGUUGUUUGUUAUUUGCAACUGAAGUUAUUUAGAGCACAUCAUUAUCUUGUGUGCUUUUUGUUAGAGCUUAUUUGAUCAUAUAAAUUGUUUUUACAUAUACUUUAGAUUUUUCUCUGAUAUUACAAAUUACACUUGAUCGGUGUAGUAUAUUUUUUAAAUAUUACAGUGGUAUUUUCUAUACAAUGAAUGUUAAUACAUUUACAGUAUGAUAGUUAGGUGUUACUCACAAUUGACCAUUUUAAUUUCUUUUUUUUUAAGAAGCAAAUGUGGGCCUCAGCGGAUGUCUUGAUGUUUGAAAAAUGUUCUCUUUGUUCCUAAUUUUAGCUGUGUGAAUUCACACAGGACAGACUUGAUAUGUUUAGAUACAGUUCAGAAUGUUUUAUACCUAUGUCUCAUUUUCUGUGUUAAUUAUUUGUUCUACUAGUUGUUGA